AUGGCGUUUGAAAAAAUCAACGUUAAAACUCCAGUCGUCGAUAUGGACGGCGACGAAAUGACUCGUAUAAUCUGGAAGAUGAUCAAAGACAAGUUGAUCUUUCCUUAUUUGGACCUCAAAUUGGACUAUUAUGAUUUGGGAAUCAAAAGCAGAGAUGAUACCGAUGACCGGGUCACUAUUGAAUCUGCACUCGCCACAAAAAAAUACCGUGUCGCAGUCAAAUGCGCCACGAUCACCCCAGACGAGGCCCGUGUUAAGGAGUUCGGAUUGAAGAAAAUGUGGCUAUCUCCCAAUGGAACCAUCCGUAAUAUUCUUGGUGGAACCGUUUUCCGUGAACCUAUCGUUAUUGAUAACAUUCCAAGAAUAAUUUCUCACUGGGAAAAGCCAAUCGUUAUAGGAAGACAUGCUUUUGGCGAUCAGUAUAAAUGCCAAAACAUAGUUACGCCAGAAUGUGGUGGUGAUUUGAAACUGGUUUUCACACCAGCUGAUGGUUCUGCAGAUAUUACGGUCCCUGUUUACCAUUAUAAUGGAAAGGGCUGUGCAAUGGCUAUGUACAAUACAGAAGAGUCCAUUAAAGGUUUUGCACGUGCUUCGUUUGAGCUUGCCUUGAGUCGUAAGAUGCCUUUGUACAUGGCUACCAAGAACACCAUUUUGAAGAAGUAUGAUGGUCUUUUCAAAGACACUUUCCAAAACAUGUAUGAAAGUGAAUACAAGAAUAAGUUUGAGAAGCUUGAGAUUUGGUAUGAGCAUCGGUUGAUUGAUGAUAUGGUGGCGCAGAUGAUUAAAUCCAAAGGUGGUUUCAUUAUUGCCAUGAAAAACUAUGAUGGAGAUGUUGAAUCCGAUAUUGUUGCCCAAGGAUUUGGGUCUUUGGGCCUCAUGACUUCUGUAUUGGUUUCUGCUGAUGGCAAGUGCUUUGAAGCUGAAGCGGCUCAUGGUACCGUCACCAGACAUUACAGAAAACACCAGAAAGGAGAGGAGACUUCCACCAAUUCAAUUGCCUCGAUUUUUGCUUGGACUAGAGGUUUAAUAAAGAGAGGUGAGAUUGAUGAUACCCCUAAGGUGGUUAAAUUUGCAAGGACCUUAGAGAAGGCCACCAUUGAUACUGUUAGAGUUGAUGGUACCAUGACCAAGGACUUGGCUCUGGCAAGAGACGAGACUGAUAGAUCUGCAUGGGUUACCACUGAGGAGUUCAUUGACGGUGUUGCCAAGAGAUUGGCCAAUGAGAUCAAAAAUGCUAAGUUGUAA